AUGGCAGAGUUCCCCCCGCUAGCUCCAGUGCCUCCCCCCGCAGUGCGGAGGACAAUCCCAUCAAAUGACUGGGAAGCUUGUCUAGAUGCAUGGAUGGCUCUACUGGGGGUCCGCUUAAAUGCAUCUGAUCAACAAUUCAAGAUUGCAUCUAUUGAAGAUACAUCAGUCCCCCCAUUCCUUGGAUCGUACUAUCAAUACACGGCUGCGGGGGAUUCUAGUCUACAAAGUGGACCUAAAGCUCGACAGCUCCGGAAACUAUGCUUUUUGACUACGAGAAGAUACUUACUCGGUCUCUCAAAUCCACCAGACGGAAUUCUGGAUUGGAGGCUUCUCGGCAACCUAUGUUGCUGCUAUCCUUCCAGCGAGACCUUGAAGACGUCAUUAUCAAGUGCCUGGGAUCUGCACCAUGGCAAGAUCACUUCAAGUAUUGAAAGAGCAAAAGCCACUGUGAUCAAGAACCUGUCUUCAGCCAACUCAUCCUCAAACCCGGAGGUUAUUUCUGACAUCCGCCGUUUGACUAUCCUUGCUUCUGUGGUGCCGGCAUGUGGCCAGGAGCUCAUGGCGGGCUCCGACUUCCUGGACACGAUAGCGGAAGCCUAUCAGUCAAAAAGUGCGCGGGAAGAGUUCCGGAGAAUACUCGUUGCCAACGUCUACGUUGGUAUGAUUUCUUUAUUGAAGGAACCCGUCAACCUGUCUUCGCUGUUAGAUCAGUUAUUCAGCCUGAAAGCGGCUGCUCGAGUUGGGGCACCAAAGAUGAAGAAGGAAGCAACUCUACUUUCUGAUCUCGUCUGUAGCUCAGACUUGCUCAUACGGCUGGAGAAGUAUCUCAACCUUCACCCCCAGAAACGGGGGCAGGACCUCAUUGCCAGCUUGCGCACAUAUCAGACGGAGUCGAAGUCGCUACAUCAUCGGUAUCAAAGGCGCAAGAAAGUAGAUAAAGGCAAGGGGGCAUCUUCGGAUCCAAUAAUUUCGGGAGAGAUACAUGCACACAAGAUGUCACUCGUCACUCAAGUACAAGACCUCUUCCCCGAUCUUGGAUCUGCCUUUAUUGUGCGGCUUCUGGACUUCUACAACGACAAUCCCGAGACUAUCAUCGCUCACCUCCUCGACGAUUCACUUCCUCUAGAGCUCCAAUCUCUAGAUCGAUCCGAGCAACUGCCUCCCACUGCAGAACCCUCUCACAGCCAUCUCCCAACCCAACCAACACCACCCGCAAUGCCAUCACCUACAUUAGAACCACUCCCAACCCGCAAGAACAUCUUCGACAAAGACGUGGACAUCGCCGAACUAAGCCGCUCAGGCGAAGCACAAGGCAAACUACACUUCGGCCGCGUCGACACAGACGAAACAGCCGACACCCUCCUCGCCGACCACGACCGACACGCCGCAAACAAAGCCGCAAUCCUCUCCGCACUAGCAACCUUCGACUCAGACGACGACGAGCGCGACGAUACCUACGACGCAGCCGACGUAGGCGGCACCAUCGACGGAGCCACCGGCGGCGCAGACGGUGAAGCCGACGCAGACCAGCAGGCCCGCCGGGCAGCAGACAUGGACAUGACCCUCUUCCGGACCUACAAAUCCAACCCAGGCGUCUUCGCCCGUGACUCAGCUACCCGUCGCUCGCAGCCGCGCGCGUCGUUGAAGCGCGAGACUGAAAUGACCGACGAGGCUAUCGAGGGCUGGGCUGUUAUGCUAGCGCGCGAUCCCAAGCGUCUCGCUAAACUCGAAGGUCGACUGGCUAUGGACGCUGGCGGGUCUGCUGGUGCUGGAGCACUUAAUCAGCCUGAGCUGCGAUCUACUUCUUGGAAGAAGCCGCAGCCUCGAGAGGACGGAGAGGAGGGCUCUGAUGAGGGCGAGGCUUCUGGCCAUGGUUCGCGGGGUGGUAGGGGUCGUGGGGGUCGGGGUCGUGGCCGUGGUGGUAGAGGUCGUGGUGGCCGUGGCGGCGGUCAGGGACCGCCUGAUACUGCUGCGGCACGACAGAGGAAGGAGGAGAAUAAGGGAAGUCGGGCGAAUCACAAUCGUCGACAGCAACACGCGAAGAAGAUGGCGCGUGGCGGGGGAUUGCCCGGCUAA